CCCCCGCCCGGCGGCGGCCGGCCCGCGGCCGCCCCGCAGCGCCCCGCCGCCCCGGGAGCGCCGACGAGCAGGAAGGGCCCGAGAGUUUUAGCGGUUGGACAUCCAUUUGCAGUUGUAGAAGUGUCAAGGCUGUGCUUGCUGCAUCCUUCGGUGGGACCUACCAGCUUGCCGAAUCGCCUGCUGCGGGGCCUCUGCAGAUGGUGCAGUGCUGUGCUUCUACAAAAGUUUUUUUGGAUGGGGCUCAGCACGGUGAAGCUUCGGACGCCCUCGGCAAUGGAGCAGCCUGUCCAGGGAAGACGGCAAGGGGUUGCGGUCUGACCUGCACAGCUGGGCAAUGAAGCUGAACGAGCGGAGCGUGGCCCACUAUGCCACCUGCGACUCGCCCGCCGACCAUGCUGGCUUCCUCCGCAAGCGGGUGGAGCGGCACCACCACCAUGCGCACCACCAUGGCACCUCCUACCAGCGCCGCUGGUUCGUCCUCAAGGGCAACCUCCUCUUCUACUUCGAGGAGCGGGAAAGCCGGGAGCCCUUGGGGCUGGUGGUGCUGGAGGGCUGCACCGUGGAGCUGUGUGAGGCUGCCGAGGAGUUCGCCUUUGCCAUCCGCUUCGAUGAUGCCGGCGCCAGGGCUUACGUGCUGGUGGCCGAUGGGCAGGCUGCCAUGGAGGCCUGGGUGAAGGCGCUCUCGCGGGCCAGCUUCGACUACAUGCGGCUGGUGGUGAGGGAGCUGGAGAAGCAGCUGGAGGAGGCCUGCAAGAGCUUGGCCGCUUGUCGCAAGUCUCCACGGAGGUCCUCUUCCUCCGGCAGGAAGAGGCACCUCUCCAACCCCGCCUUGCUGCCUCUCCCAGAGAAGCCCGCUGUCCUGGAGAACGGUUACUCCACAUGGGGUAGUGGUGGUGGCGUCCCCAGCGGGGCCACCUGCCCCGACCGUGAUGGGGGGCACAUGAAGCCCCCACCCCUGCCUCCGCGUUGGCGAUCGGCCACCAGCAGCGCCACAGGGUCCCCGGUGCCUGGCCUCUCACCGGCCAUGCUGGAGAGCCCAGUGUCACUGGAGAUGGCCUGCUUCUCCAAGCUGCACAGCUGGUACGGGCAGGAGAUCGCGGCGCUGAGACGGGAGUGGCAGGAGAGGCAGAAGAGGGGACACCCGUGACUGGGGGUGCAGGCCACCACCCAGCCGAUGCCCAGCAGCUUGUCUCCCACAUGGGAAGAGUGAAGAGAGGGACGCUGCUUUCCCUCUGCCCUGGUCGAUGGCUGAGUGUGCGGUGCAUGUGUGCUUCACGGGGCAUCUGGGAGGGACCUGGGUCUUCCCCAAACCUCACAUUUCAUUUCCAUGAGGCUUUAUACAGCUGGAGAGUGUGUAGUAUCAGGGGAGCUGCCUUUGAACUCUCCUCUGCUAGUGAUACGAGGUGUGAAGGGGGCCCCAACUGGCAUGUAUGCAACGAAUCUCAACCAACAGGCUUGGCCCCUCACCGUCCUGGCGUGGUGGAUGCUCUGGGUGCUUCAUCUCCCACCUCUCCUUCACCACUUCUUUUUGGUUUUGUUUCUCAGUGUGGAAGUUUGCACAGGUCAGCAUUUAUUAGUGUCUGUGGUCUUGUGCCGAAGUCCUUCUGCUUUGCUCCUUCGCCGCAGAUAAGGCUGGGCUCUUACAAAAUGCCUUUGAUGGGCCAUUGGCCCUGGCGGGUGCCUCCAGCCUUGUGCCUCUCUCACCACAGAACACAUGUGAGCUGCCAUGGCUGUGGCUGGCCCAGCAGCCAGGGCAAUGAGGACUGGGCUCUCAUAUAGUUUUUUUUUAUCUGCACUAACCCUCCUCCCUGCAAAAUCCCUCAUGAUGUGGUUUUCAUGGGCUUGCAUCCGUCUCCUUGGGUGCCUGAGCUCAGCAGCAAGGCUGAAAUGGAGACACUGAGCCUGGUCUGAAGCAACAGCGAGGACCAGGAGCUCCCCAAGGCUGAUCUGGACUCUGCUGUGCAGUAGCCAAGCCUGUUAAUGUCUCCAGCAUAAGCAUUCCGUGUUCCAAAACAGGGACACUAAAGCCUCUUUGCCUUGCCAGAAGUUAAUUUAUCAGCCUCUGCACAGACUGUAGCUCCUGCAAAGUACCAUAUAGGGCUCCUGUUGUGGCAGAGCUGCGCAGUCAGAGGAGAGGCUGUGGAGGAGUGGGGAGGAGGAGAGGGCUGGCCCCAGGAGGAGAAGUGAAGAUGGAGUGAGUUACAGGUUGCACCGACUGACUGUGUGUCAGCAGUCGGCAGGCUUGCCCCUCUAGCGUCAAAGCCGUAUUGCUGCCUUCUACCAAAGCCGGCACCUGACCUGCCUCUGAUUUUGUCAGCAUCACUCAGCUGCUCUCUGGAGCAUGUCCCAUCCUCCUGGCGGGUGAGGAGGGCUGCAGGGAAGCACGCCUGUCACCUCACUACAGAAACAGACUUGUGCUUUGCCAGUAGGUCAGAAACCUUGUUCAUGAGGCAGAUGGUAUAAGUAGGUGGGUGCUGAGUCCUGGGGCUGCAGCACCCCGGAGAUGGGGUUGAUAAAUCUUCUCCCAUAUCCUCUUGGCAAGGGCUGUUUUUCAAAGCAGAAAAAAAUACGCGAAGCAGCCUGGUGCUUCCUGUCUAACAGUGUUAAACCUGUUUUUAUGGCCUUGUUUUAUUAAGGAGCCUUGCUAGGAAAGCAAGAGGCUAUUCCAGGUCAUGACUGGUAGGAACCUAUUUGCCUUUCUGGAGUUAAACGCACUCAGCUUAAUAUUUUACAAUAGCCAUUAGAGAUUGUAAAUGCAGAAAUCAAAUGACUUCCAUUAACUUUUGGUGCCUUUACAAAUAUAUCUCUGGUAGCUGUGGAUGAUGAGCUUCCAGCCUCCUGCCUAAUUAUGGCUCAAUGGUAUACUAGAGGAAAUCAGAUCUUAAAUCAGAUAUUACAAAUAUGGCUUUGGGCAGUGGGAGUGUAACCUUCACAUACAAGCGAUGCAAUCCAGUUAUCUCCAGUUAGUGUCUGCAUUUCCUCACAGUAGGGCUCUUUGAGUUUGGGAGGAUUAUUUUUAUUCUGCUUAUAAGUGAAAACAGUUCAGAAGAACAAGGAGGAGGUGGCCACAGCUGUCAGCAGCCCAGCUGGAUGGACUUACAGGCCAGCUCUGCGUCCCUACCUGCUGCUUAAAUAGUUCAGUGCUGCAGCAUUCCUGGCUGGGAACCUGUCCCCUUCCCCAUGGCAGGGCAGCAGCAUCAGGGGAUGGCACCACCUGGUGCUUCCUUGCUCUGAGUGGGGCCAGGGUCAGAUUUGGCAAGCAUUUUUCUGUUGGUUUGUUGGUUUUUGUUGUUGUUGUUUUUUAAUGUAGUACAGAGAGAAGAAUAUUCCUGAUGUCUCAGGCUUACAGAAGGCAGUUUGAUGGUAAAGGUUUAACUUCCAAAAUAAAUCAAAAUGGAAUGGCAGUUUCUACAUGAGACCCAAGAAUCAGGAGUAACUUGAAAGGGGAAAUUAAUUAACAAAGCCAGUUCUGUCAGAAAUGGAAUUGAAACAAUAUUAUUCAUUUAAGGGCAGUUUCACUUUUAAUAAGCUUAGUUUGCUUUAAUAAGCCAGGAUUGUGCUAGUAACACUACUAGAGAGCUUAUAUUUAAUACUUUAAGCUGUCCCAUUCAAAUGGCACAAUUUCCACACUACCUGCUUUUGCAUUAGUACAUAUCUCAACUCAAUCCUAAAUCCUGCAAAUGAGGAGCUGCGCUCUGCUUUCUGCCUGAUCACAUUUGGAAUAAUUUUGUGUUUUAUUCUCCAGUGCUGAGAAAAUGGUUGAAUCCUGAACAGUCUUUUUGCUGGGCCCAGCUGUCCAUGCCUGGGCUGUUCUAGGUCUCCAAAGCACUGCAUGACUUAGAAUGCACUUGGUCAGGGCCUCCUCACCAUCCCACUCAGAAAGCAGGGAUAGCCCUUUCAUGAGUAAAAAGAACCAUAAUUGGAGCCAUGCCCAAAAUUAUACUGGAGUACAGAUUUUUUUUUAGUGACCACUGAUGCUUGCUCCUCCAUUAGGCAGGAAGCACCUGGUUGCUCUGCCACCUCCUCUGACAUGGAGGUUAUCAAACCAGCUCGGCUGAGGAUCAGCUGUGCUGGCAGUGCCUUUGAAGCAGCCCCGGGCCAGAAGGUCUGGAUUUCAGCUUCCUGAGAUUGCACAUGCAUCUGCCUAAUGGAGCAGCCUCCCUGUCUGCAGGCAGAGAUCAUGACAGGGGAAGCAGAGAAUUUUCAUUGUCCCCUACAGCAAAGUGAGACUGAUUGCCACGCAGUUUCUUUGGUCAUUCAGGUUUGGACUGUUUCACCUCCUGCCUUCACUUUCCCUUAUUAUUUUUUAAAAAAGAAAGUAUCUGGGCAGCACAAAACAGGUUCCCUAGGAAAAGGUGGGGGCUGAACACUAAAGAUGAAUGGCUGCUUUUUUUAAAGUACUGAAGUCAAGUCCUUUUUAAGAGUUUUUCUUUAGCAUAAUAAUGCUAAAGAGAUGAGAGGAAAAUGCUUGAAUCUGAAUGCUUGUAUUUAAAAAGAAAUUGAAGACUGAAAGAGGGAGGGAGAUUCUGACAUGGCCUUUGUAUGCUGUGCCAAGGACUCCCAAUCCUGCUAAAAUAGUUGAUGAAAUCCUUGUAUUUUUCUGAGGCUGGGAUUUCCGAGUGAGGCCCAUAAUGUGGUGUUUUACUUCUGUACAUUCAUCUUUUUAUAAAACAACUGCAGUGAUGUUCUCCACUGAAUACAGGUCCUAGCGAUAAGAGUAACCUAAAAAUUUUACUUGUGGCCACAGCCACAAGUUACUGUGGACAUAACAGACACUUUCUGUUACAGUAGCUACCGCAUUACUAGUUUGGGGGUGGGUGACCCCCCCAGUCUUACUCCUCUCAGCUGCCUUUGCAGAGAAACUUUAAUAGCCUCCAUUGAAGCCCACGGGGAACGUGUGGCGUUCCUGUGUCAGUGGCAUCUUUCACCAGCACCGAGCAAGCUUUAUAAUCUGCACAAUUACCAAGCAACACUACGAGCAACCUGUGGAAACACUCCCGCCUUUUGAAGUGCUUCUAUUUGAGGUACAUGUGUUGUUUUUUUUUUUUAAAGAGGCGGUUUUGCAUGCGCCUUUGUUUUACACGCGGAACCUGUAUGAUGCAUUUCAAGACAUUGUUAACGUUUGUAUUUUAUUGCCGUGAAGCCAAAUAAAGCGUUGUGGUUUGUA